UGUCCCCAGCACUUUAGAACAAGAGAUCCCCAGAUGGAUGCAAAGUUUAGGAGGAAAAAGCAUUCCUUGACCUUCAAGUCAAAUUUUCCUACUCAUAGUGAUCAAUUGUGUCCUCGCAAUGAAGAUCUGCCUGCAGAACCUCCAUUCAACCCUUCGUCCCCGCGGCCUGCGACGGCGUCAUGUCCACAGCCAACUGUUCCCUGGCCUUCUGCCCGUCUCAGGUCAAGGCCGCCGCGCAAGCUCACUGUCCCAACGGCCUGACUCGAACCAUGUAGCCUUCCCGGGCGCCGUCAAGUCUGCCUUUGGCAACACCAUGAAGUUCGAGCACCCAUCGUCCUACCCCGCUCUGCCGACCUACCGGGCAGUCGACCAGCAUGGGGUCGUCGUUGAUCCCUCCUUCAAGCCCGACUUGACCGACGAGCAGGUUGUCAAGCUGUACCGCGACAUGUUGACUGUCAGUAUAAUGGACGUCAUCAUGUUUGACUCCCAGCGCCAAGGCCGAUUGAGCUUCUACAUGGUGUCUGCCGGCGAGGAAGCAGUUUGCGUGGGCAGUGCGUCGGCGUUGGCCAAGGAGGACGUAGUAUUCUGCCAAUAUCGUGAGCAGGGAGUGUUUGCGCAGAGGGGGUACAAGCUGUCCGACUUCAUGAACCAACUCUUCGCAAACCAGAAGGAUCCGGGCAAGGGAAGGAGUAUGCCAGUACAUUAUGGAAGCAAGGAACUGAAUAUUCAUACAAUCUCUUCGCCGCUUGCCACGCAGCUGCCACAGGCGUCAGGGGCAGCAUAUGCGCUCAAGCUUCAGCGGUUGCAGGAUCCCUCUAUACCGCCUCGGGUUGUUGCUGCCUACUUCGGUGAAGGGGCGGCAAGUGAAGGAGAUUUCCACGCGGCAUUGAACAUGGCUGCGACUCGGUCGUGCCCGGUGAUAUUCAUCUGCCGCAAUAACGGCUACGCUAUUUCGACCCCGACGCUAGAGCAAUAUCGAGGUGAUGGAAUCGCGAGCAGGGGUGUCGGGUACGGUAUCGAAACCAUCCGAGUCGAUGGUAAUGAUUUCUGGGCGGUCAGGGAGGCAACAAAGAGGGCCCGGGAGCUGGCUUUGGAAGACGGCGGUAAACCGGUCCUGAUGGAGGCCAUGACAUACCGUGUGAGCCAUCACAGCACUUCGGACGAUUCAUUCGCCUACCGAGCGAAAGUGGAGGUGGAAGACUGGAAGAGGAGGGACAACCCAAUUGCCAGGCUGCGGAAAUGGAUGGAGGCCAAGGGAUGCUGGGACGAGAAGAUGGAGAAAGAGGCUCGCGAGAGCAUAAGAAGGGAUAUUCUGAAGGCGUUCUCUGAGGCGGAAAGGGAGAAGAAGCCACCGAUCCGAGCAAUGUUCGAGGAUGUGUACGAGGACUUGACACCCGAUAUCAAGUCCCAGAUGGAGGAGCUCAGGGACCAUCUCGAGAGAUACCCGGCCGAGUAUGAUCUCGGGGACUUUGAAGGAGGUAGUGAUAGCCUAAAGCCAUAGGCAACACACGAGAGGAAAACCAAAACUGAAGUAAUUUGUGUGUUCAUAUUGCCCCCCUUCAUCAAGGUGAGAGUUAGAUGCCUGGGGUAGGUUGCUGGGUCGACUUGACUUGUAACUUGUACAAGGUGUUGACAGGUAUCGUGUAUCAUCGAAACCCUGAGACCGCAUGUCGAGGUAGGUAUAAACAAUGAGUGAAUCAUUUUCCCUUUUGUCGAAAACAAAACCUUUGCACAACCCAUAUCCCAAACAGAGACAAACCAGAUCCUCCCAAGCAACACUCUUCCAUCACCACCCCAAUAUCCCAUCAUCCUGACCCUCUUAAGAACAACCAACGAACAUCACUUAUUACCGGCGAUAAGACUCGCAGAAUCAAGAUCAAGAAAUCGGCCUGUGAUACGCCAUGCGUCCAAGCGGC